AUUGGAAGUAUUGUGUAUGGUGGCGCAAUUUAAGGAAAGCAAUAGAAGCGUUGGAGAGCAUACAUAAGCACCCCAACUAUCACCUUCACUCUUCCCACUUCAUCUCUCCCUCCAAUUUCCAGCGCGGUUUUAACCUCAUCAGUUUCAACAAUUUUGCGGAAUUUGUGUAUAUAUAUAAGAGAUAUAGUGAGAGAGAUAGAGAGAGAGAGAGAGAGAGAGAUAGAAAAUGCUUACUUGCAUUGCUCGUUCCAAGCAAUCUGGAGAUGAAUCGUUUGAUCAACCGGAAAAGUUCGAUCCCAAUGCUGCUCCACAGAGCAAGCAAGCGAUUAAGAAUCUCACUUCUCAGAUAAAGGACAUGGCGUUGAAGGCGUCAGGGGCGUAUAAGAACUGCAAUUCGUGUACGAGCCAGCCGAUGCAGCGGCGGAACGGGGGCGGCGGCGCGGCGGACUUAGUGGCGGCGCAGGACAAGUUCCGGUGGUCGUACCGGCGGACGGGGAGUUUCAGCUCGAGCUCGACGGCUGGGAGGAAGGAAUUGGAGGCGAGGCUGAAGGGGAUAUCGAGCGGGGAAGUGACGCCGACGUCGAUGUCGGCGUCGGCGAGUGGCCGGCGAGUUGACCCGGUGGUGUUCGUGGAGGAGAGCGAGCCCAAGGAGUGGGUGGCGCAGGUGGAACCCGGCGUUUUGAUCACCUUCGUCUCACUGCCACGUGGCGGCAACGAUCUCAAGCGGAUUCGAUUCAGUCGAGAGAUGUUUAACAAAUAUCAAGCUCAGAAGUGGUGGGCAGAGAAUUAUGACAAAGUAAUGGAACUAUAUAAUGUGCAGAGGUUAAACCGCCAAGCUUUCCCUUUACCAACACCACCCAGAUCCGAAGAUGAGAGUUUGAAGAUAGAAUCAGCAGAAGAGAGUCCAGUAACGCCACCACUAAACAAAGAGCGGUUACCUCGUACCUUAUACCGCCCUAUAUAUUCAUCCUCGGAGUCUCUGGAGCAACAAUCAAUGAACUCUCGUUACAACUACGACUCCUGCGGCGUGGCUUCCACUCCAAAGCUCUCCAGCAUCAGCGGUGCCAAGACGGAGAUCUCAUCAAUAGACGCGUCGGCAUCGGCGGCGUCGAUGCGGACCAGCACCUCCCGGUCGGGGGAGCUGUCCAUAAGCAACGCCAGUGAUUUGGAGAGCGAAUGGGUUGAGCAGGACGAGGCUGGAGUGUACAUCACUAUUAGAGCUUUGCCCGAUGGAAAAAGAGAACUCAGACGUGUUAGAUUCAGCCGGGAAAAUUUUGGAGAGAUGCAUGCCAAGAUAUGGUGGGAAGAGAACCGAGCCAGGAUACAUAAGCAGUAUUUGUGAAUCAACAAUGGUGAUAUACACACACACACAUAUAUAUAUAUACACCUGAAGUUGGUGAUAUAAUUUAAAGAAUGGGGAAAUAUAUGGGGUGAGAUAGCACUUUGGUGUUGCGCCUUGUUUUUCUGCAACACCAUAAGAUGGAGGUCCUUUAAGUGUGAAUGAAUCCAGGGCGGCACUCUCUGCUGUACGUGGUUUUUUCUUUUUCCAAUAUUUAAUUUUGAGUACAAUGGAUGAAAGAGCAUUCUUAGUGCUUCAAAUCUACUACUAGGUAUAUAUGGGAGUUUACAAUUAUUUUAUGUUAAUACGGGGGAAUUUUUAUUUUAUUUUAUUUGUUCUUUUUUCCUUUACUAUAUAUGUUCUGUUCUAGAGACUGCAAUCCUUGAUACCUUAAAGCUUAAUGCAUAUGUAAUUUUUCCUUUCUCCCAAAA